GCGGCAUCAGUAGCGUCAAAUCAGUUGCACGCGAACCGCGGUGUUGCGUGGGUCUAUUUAAUUUUACAAUUAUUGUUUACCUUGAGUUGUAUGCAUGAAGGCUUCCUUCUGUCAAUUUGAACUUAUAUCGUUACACCGUGUAUAUACAACAUGUUUUGGUUAUUCAUAAAAAAUUUCUAUACGGUUACUCAUUGCCAACCUACAUUAUAUGGUAAUGAACUAGAGAUGAAGGUGCAACACGACAAAAAUGUCAUUAUUAUUAAUAUUGAUAUUUACCGGUAUGACAAAUUCCGCUAAUGAAUAAAUAAAUUAACUUAGUAGAUAUUAGAAAUUAACAGAAGAAAUUAGAGUAAAAGUUUCGCGUUAAAUUUGGCACGCAAAAAGCUGUAAAACGAUAACGUUGGGAGAAGUGGAAGGGAUGAGGUGAUGCUACUUUGGUUCUUCUGCGCCUGUGACAAAACACGCUGUGCGCCGAAAUCUUAGUGAGAGGAAAUAUGUAUUCAGUAAUAUCGUUCGUCAAAGAUGUGAUCUUAAUAUUGAUAUAAUUAGUCGAAUUGAAAAUAUAUUAGCACUGCUAAUUUAAGCCUGCCUAAAUAGCGUACUUUGAAGAUUAAUGAAAAAUGGCAGGUGAAAAUACUUUGACACUUUCAAAUGGAGCAAUAGAGCCAAUGACGAUUAUUCCAUGCAACGGCAAAUUGAUUAUAAGUAAUGAAUUAAAGAAGGAACAAUAUAACAACAAUGGUUUAAUAAUGUCAAAUGGCAAAGAAUUAAAGAUAUCGGCUGUAGAGAAUGGUAAACUUAUCGCAACAAACAAAAAAUGUAGUAACUAUCAAACCAAUUUUGAAGAUGAAGAUAUUUCUUGUGGUUGGGGACCAAUCAGGCCUCAUUGGCUGCAAAGAUUUGCCACCAAGCAAGUGUUCCUUGUUAUUUUUUGUAUUACAUGGGUACUCCAAGGGAUGUAUUUUACAUAUUUUGUUUCGGUUAUCACGACAAUUGAAAAGUUAUUUCAAAUCCAAUCUAAAACGACAGGAUUGAUAAUGUCGGCUACUGAACUCGGUCAAAUCGGUUCGUCUUUGCUCUUAACGUAUUAUGGUGGUCAAGGUCAUCGGCCCAAGUGGAUAGCAUGGGGUAUGAUACUGUUUGCUGCGAGUUCCUUUACUUGUUCCAUGCCACAUUUUAUCUUCGGUGAACAGCUUAUCAAGCAGAAUGAGCUAUUGUUCAAUGGAGGUACUUUAAGUGGUGAGGUUAAUGGAACUAACGUCACUAAUCCUAUACCUGCGAACCUCUGCAAAUUUUUUGAGAAACCUGAAAAUUCAUCUUUCAAUGGAUGGUCAUCAGGUGUAGCAAUGCACCGUCAACGCACUGACACUGCGGAAUAUUGCGAAGGUGAUUUCCUAACAGAACAGCGAAUCCAGAGCAAAAUAGUCACUGUCGUAUUAGCUAUUUUCUUCGUCUCAUUACUGGGAGUUGGAAUGGGUCAAACGGCUGUUUAUACUUUAGGUAUACCCUAUAUAGAUGACAAUGUAGCUAGUCGCGAGAGUCCAUUAUAUUUUGCCAUUACGAUAGGCGUUAGAAUUCUUGGUCCAGCUAUGGGCUUUAUGCUGGGAUCAUUAUGUACAAUGGUUUACGCUGAUUUAUCAGUAGAUCCUCCCAUUACUCCUUCGGAUCCAAGAUGGGUAGGAGCAUGGUGGUUUGGUUUGGUUCUUAUAUCAACGAUGUUAAUGUUAGUUACCAUUGGUAUGUUUGCAUUCCCUACGCGAUUGCCAAAAAGUAGAACUCCACCAAAAAGGUCCGAUGCUAAGAAACCAAGUCUUAUAGAUUUUCCUAAAGCUGUUAAGAGGUUAUUAAAAAAUGAUAUUCUAAUGUUUCGAACAGCUAGUAGUGUUUUGCAUAUAUUACCUAUUGCAGGAUUAUAUACGUUUUUACCGAAGUAUCUUGAAAGCCAAUUUCGCUUAGCGGCUCAUCAUGCUAACUUGAUUUCAGGUGUUGGAGGUAUUUUAGUAAUGGGUCUAGGAAUAAUACUCAGUGGGUUCUUUAUUUUAAAGGCUAAGCCAAAUGCAAGAUUUGUUGCAGCUUGGAUUGCUUUUACAGCAAUUGCUUACGCUAUCGGUAUGGGAAUACUAAUGUUUGUUGGAUGUCCAAUGAAUGAUUUUACUGGACUCGUUACAAAUAAUGAAGGAUCUUCUCAUUUUGAGCCUAUUUGUGAGGCAACUUGCGAUUGUGAUAAAAAUAAAUUCAGUCCGAUUUGUGGUAUGGAUGGCAGAACAUACUUUUCAGCUUGUCAUGCGGGUUGUUCCAAUUACACAGUUUUCGAAGGAAAAGUAGCAAACUUCACAGAUUGUCAAUGUAUUAGAAAAAAUCACACGAUAUUAGAAAUUGCAGCCAUAGCGAAAACCGGCUACUGUCCUCUUGAUUGCAAUAAUUUCUACAUAUAUCUAAUUUUGUUCUCUGUCUUCGUUUUUAUUCAUUCGACGAGUGAGGUUGGUUCGAUGCUUCUUAUUCUGCGCUGUGUUGAUCCGCGAGAUAAGGCGAUGGCUCUUGGUCUCAUACAAUUUGCGAUUGGCUUAUUUGGUAAUGUGCCCUGUCCAAUAGUGUACGGCGCUGUUGUUGAUUCCGCCUGCCUCGUUUGGGAAUACUCCUGCGGUGAACGUGGAGCUUGUUGGUUGUAUGAUUCCAAUGUCUUUAGGAUGUUUUUUCAUGGUACAACUGGUGGUAUUUUGGCGUUAGCUUUUAUCGUUGAUAUGAUAGUUUGGUACAAGGCUGGAAGCAUAAAUUUUGUGGAUGAGCAAGAACACAAGGUGGGUACUUCAGAGGAGAUGAGAAAUCUCAAGACUCAAGAUAUUCAAACUAUAGAUAAUGAGUACUUAUGAAACAACAUAUAAAAUAUACUGUGUUUAAACAGCUAAUUAUAUGACAACCAUUUAUUCAUUGACGGAUCUGGAGCUAGAAGCCUAUAUUUUAUUUUUUGGUAUAAGCACACAUGAGUAUGAAUUUCAUAGAUAAAUAAAAACUUACGUCGUGUAAUAACACAGGAAACUAUAUAUUGAAUUAAUU